ACAAGUAAUGAAAAUCCACAGUUGGGCUGAAUAGACUGUACUUCAGUCCCCUCGCCCCUGAAAGAGCCUUAUUGCCAGAAUAACUCUCAGGGAGCUGACUGUAUGGCGGGUUGACCAGAGGCACUCUCGGGUCGGAAGUUCUCCAUGAAAACAAGAGCCAGAACAGCAGAGCGGCUCCCGGAGAAUGCAACUUCCUUCCAAGUGGUCCCUGAAGUGAUGGAUGACACACAGAAACUGCAGUACAGACUUGCCCAGCAUGACACUCUCUCUGUCUGCUCAGACUCCAGCCUGGAACUUGCCCUGGAGCAGCUGGAUAUCCAAGAGUCACAUCUCAAGGCCCUGCCCUACCCUAUGAGGAAGAAACAAGCCCUCAGAAAGCAACUCAGAGCAUCCACUGGAAGAAAUGUGUCCAACUGGGUAGCCUUAAAACAAAGACAAUACAGGAUCCAGAAGCAGCUUCAAGAAGGCAUUUCGGACUUUUCCAGAAUCUUCCGGCUCUGGAGGGUUUCUCUGGAUGACAUUGAAGGAAGCUUUGGCCCUGGAAUCCAGUCGUAUUUCACCUUCCUGAGGUUCCUGCUUCUUGUCAACUUCCUGGCUGUGCUAUUGAUUGCAAGUUUCAUACUGCUGCCUAUUACCAUUUCUCAGGGUGUGAACCCCUUUCCUCAUAGUCCAAGCACAGCAUCUGAGUGCAUGAACUACAGUACUGUCAUCGGUCCUCGAUCUGCCUGGAGGCGCUUGCAAGACAUCUUCACUGGGGAAGGCACUCUGGAGCAUUCCUACCUGUUCUAUGGUGCUUAUAAUGUGAAACAGUAUCAAACCAAUCACUACAAUGUGCAUUUGGCCUACCUACUUAGCAUCCUGGGAUACCUCUUUGUCUGUUUCAUUUGGAUCUUCCAGAGGAUCGUGGCCAACUUUGUGCAUGGACAGAUACUACAAUGGGAAUUCAAGCCAUGUGUCAGUGCUAGAAUUUUCAGUGAAUGGGAUUUCUGCAUCCAAAGCCCUGAAGCAGCCAGACUCAAACAGAAGACUAUUUACAAUGGCCUUAAGAUAGACCUAGCAGAGGAAACUCGACGUUUGCAGAACCAGCAACGGACACGAAAGCAACUGGCUCAGCUUUACUUGCUACGCCUGGUGAUCAAUUCUGUAAUCCUCCUGUUGAUGGCUGCAGCUUUCUACUUCAUCCACUUGGCCACAGAGAUUUCCCAGGGCUACAAUCAGCAUUAUGUAUCCAGGCUUGGAGUAUUGAGUCAGUACUUGCCACCCAUGACUAUCUCCAUAGCAAACGUCCUCCUGCCCUUCCUUUUCCAUUUUCUGGUCCAGCUGGAGAACUACUCGCCUAACACUAAAGUCAACAUCACCCUUGUGAGGUGUGUAAUCCUAAAUCUCUCCAGUUUGGGCAUGUUCCUGUUCUUCUUAGGCCACAAGGUUCUAUGUGUGGGAAGCAGUAGUGCUGUCCAGUGCCGGCCAUGUGGCUACAACCAACUCUACCAGUGUUGGGAGACCCACAUUGGGCAAGAAAUGUACAAGAUGACUAUCUUCAGUUUCUUGACCACCUUGGCAUCUGCUUUUCUUAUCAGCCUGCCACGGAGAUUGCUAGCUAAGCAUUCAUCCAGUGCACUGGCCCAGUGGCUUGGCAAAGAGGAAUUUCUGGUGCCACACAAUGUACUGGACAUUGUUGCAGGUCAAACCGUGAUAUGGAUUGGGAUCUUCUUCUGCCCACUCCUGCCCUUGCUUGGCUGUGUUUCCAUCUUCCUUACAUUCUAUGUAAAAAAGUAUACCCUGUUCCAAAAUUGCCAGCCUUCCACUCAGCUAUUCCGAGCCUCCCAUUCUAAAUUCCUCUUCCAAAUCAUGCUGCUGCUGGGCCUUUUCCUGGCCUGUUCUCCCCUGAGCUAUGUCAUCACCAGGGUUUCUCCAUCCCAUGCUUGUGGGCUCUUUAGGAACUAUUCCUCUCCAUGGGAGGCAGUGCCUGUGGCUGUGUCCCAUUUAUCACCCACCGCACAGCUUGUUUUGAACUAUGCUGCUUCUAACGGGUUUUGCUUCUCACUUUUGAUGCUGCUCAGCAUAAUCCUUACAGUGUACAUUUCACAGGCACAAGCCAAUAAACAAGUCAUUGAGAGACUCAAGAAGCAACGUGUGCUGUGCAUCCAAGAAAAAUGGUGUGUGGUGAGGAAACUGGCUCAUCUUAUGGUGAAAUCACAAUGAGUCAAUGACAGUUAAACCUCCAGGGAAAGUAAAUGACUGGCAGAAUUUCUGUUGAGAGAAGGAACAUGUAUUUUGCUUCGAAGAAAAGCAGAACCCACAGAGUGGUCCAAGUUUACCUGACCUAAAUGAAAACAAGAAUCUCUUGCUGCUUUCAAUUGAGUUUCUCCACUUUUGUCUUUUAAAUAGAUAUAGCACCCAUUUUUCCACUGUGGAUGGUGAUUGCUCGACUGUAUUUUUUGUUUCAACUGUUAAAGCUUCCCAUUCUCUCAAGCCUGCAACUGCUAUGUCCUGAAAAAUGUUUCUUUUGGGAAUUAACAUAGAAAAUACUGUAUGUGGCAUAAUAAAGAUAUGCUUAAACUUCUAA